UGCUGUCAAAAUCAUUUCAGUAACUGAACAACUAACAAUAGAAAGCAGUUGUUAGGCAAGUCGUAGAGCGGUAUUAAAAUCGAUUUUCAUAAUUCAAAAGUAUUUGGCGCCAAUCUAAAAUCGAGUUAAAAUGACGCGCGAAUCGAAUUCAGAACUUUUCAGUGUUAGUCCAAAGAAUAUGGUCUUCUAUGCACCAUACGAUCGCACCCAGAAACGUAUAAUCACCAUAUUGAAUCCAACUAUGCAGAAGCUGCUCUUCAAGAUACUGACGAAUGCGCCAUGGCAAUACAAUGCCAUCCCGAAGUGCGGCUGCGUCGAGCCAUACGAUAUCAGCGAGAUUCUCAUCAGUCUCAACGGUUUUCAGUUCAAUCAUGCCGAAAAGUAUUGUCAUCGCUUUUGCGUUCAGUGCAUUCCAGUGCCGCCAGCUAAACUUUUCGACACUCAAUCCAUUCUGUGCUUAUUUAAGCGAGUGCGCCGCGGCAUGAUACACAAUGUGCGAGUGCCAGUGGAACUGAAGCCGAAGCCGCUAGAUAUACCACAAGACGAGCUGGACAGCAUCUUGCAGUACGACGUUCAGAAGUUGCUCUGGCACAUGCGACCCAUAGACGCUGAUUAUUUGGAACAGCUCAAACAGGUGACUAUGCCCGCGAAAGGCCGAAAAAAACGCUGUGGCUGGAAGUGCAUGCUAGUGACUCCGCUGAUAUUAAUAUGGACUGGACUGGCUGUGGCCUAUAUUCACCAUCAACAAGUGGAAGACUUCCAGUUUUUAGAAUUGAAGGCGGACAACCAAAACUGUGAAGAGUGACCAGGAGACCAGAUAAUCAAUGCCCACAUAUACGAGAAGAGAGAUAUAGGAAUUGCAUAGUUGCUUCUGUUUAACUUUUAGAGUUAUACUGUUAAUUUAAAUUUAUUUUAUUUAAAUACAUUUAGCAUACUGCAGUCAAAGGCAAAGUUAAGCGCCAUUCAGUCAAGACCUGGGGCAAAGAGCAUCCCUUAAUUGGACACCCGUCGUUGGUUCUAGUUAGCUUUGUGUGCAGGGCAUAUGUCGUCAGGGCUCAGAGUCGAGCAUCGCAAGCACUAGAUCAUUGCAGAGCAAGCCAUGGCCAUAAGCCAACAACUGCUGCUGUUUGAAUUGAGUGUUGGCCACAAAACAACUAACAGCGCAACCACAGCCACAACUACGACCGCGACCACUAGCAACCGCAAUAACAAUACGAGAGUGCACUGCGCUAAUCACUGCUGGAUGGCAAAUGAUCUGGUUAGCCUCAGCAUAAUGAAAACAGCCUAAAGCAUUUAUUGACGUAUUGGGAAUUCAAAUUUAAAUUUCUUUAAAGCUGAGCAGCGUAUGUGAUAGUCAGUGCAUCGGUGCUCCUCCGUUUGGAAAGGACACCAUCUAUUCAUAAUCGGCCUCAUUAUCAGCUGCGUAAUGCCUAUAUUUUACAUAUACCUCAUAUAUCUACCAAUUGUUCAAAUUGUUCUGACUAUUGCCGGCUGCAGAUUUUAUAAACUGGGCAUGGACGAUUCUCUUUAAGCGAAAACUAAAUUUCCAGCCGACAAAGUAUAUUAAUAUGUAUAAUCUGUGCGGUUUCAGGCAGAUUUUUGAUUAUAUAAAAGGACAGAUCUGGCGAAUAGUAAUUCUAGCUAAACGAAAAUGCCCAGUUACUUGCAUGUCCAUUACCUAGAAUCUUAAAGCCUUGUCAAAGCUAAUGACAUAGUUGUCACACACUCACUCACUCACUCAUACAGCACACACACAUCACCACACACACACUUAGUUGAGAAAGUUCAUUAAGCUGAUGUAAGUUAAUUAAAACGCAAACGCACAAACUGACAGAAUGAUAUAAGUGCCAAAGACAGACAUGGCUGAGCGUAUUGAAGCCUGAAAGGUUUUGCGUAGCGAGUAGGCAGCCGAGGGGCAGCUGCAUAACGGCACUUUGCACCGCAAACAGACGAUUCAAUGUCCUGGCAAAGUCAAGUACUCCGUGACUGCAAGAUGUGUCAAUUGGCUUUGAGCAGUUGCUGCAUCUGGACCUGUGCACCUGGACUCCCCAACAGCUACAAACCCCAUUUGACUUUGUAACCAAUUUGCUGUAGCACAUCAAUUGUUAGGCACUUAACAAGUCGAUCGCCCACUCUAUCUAACCACAUGACCAUCAUCUUCAGCUGUUUUGGAUGGUAAUGAGCCUGUGACGGAUCAAUAAACAGCAGACUAGGCUUGAUUUGUCUCUAAA